CAUAUUGGAUACGUCAGGAGAUUUUGAAUUUUCAACGUAUUUAUUGGUUUUUCUCCAAAACAGACGCCGAUUGUGAUUAAUUAUACUUAUUGACGCCAAAUAGUUACUAUUGCAGAGAAAUCCAUAAUUUUCAAGACUAGCAGAAUAAGUUUGCGAUGAUUAAUGGCAGACGAUGAGAGUACUAGUGAAAUAGUUGGAAUCUCCGCUGAAACAGCUCGUGAUAUCCGACAACUCGAGGCCCUCAAAAAAACACACGCCGAACUCAAGAAUCUACAUAACCUUCUGCGUUUACUGAGAAUUGAUCUGGAGAAAAUGCUUGAGAAUUUCGCCAGCAUAAAUUGACAGAGAAAUAAUAAUCACGUUUACUGGGCACGAAUAUAAAAAUGGAGAAAAAAAUAGCAAUGAUCGAGGAGCGAGUGAAGGAGGGUCGAGAGACUCCAGGGGAUAUCCUCCGUCCAAUUCGUCGUCGUUCCAGCAUUCUUCCACGUGCAAACUCCGAUCCUCUCGAGAUAAACGAUGACUCAGUGGAACGAGGUCGUACCCGACACGAGACCCCGUCCACAUCCUCUUCAAGCAGUCGUCGUUCUCUGAAUCUGGGGUCAAUAAAUCAGUUAUCUUCCCCUCAGAUAGCCGCAGGUGUUGCUGAGUGCAUAAAACUCAACACCGAGAACAAAAUAACAAAGAAAAAUGCCUUCAGCUUGAAACUCAUCGAUCUGAUGACAUACAUGGUGAACAGCAAAGAUGAGAAGAUGUCGAAUCUCCAGAUGGCGAGUACAACUCUGGACGUGAGUGCAAAAAUCUACGGGCUUCGAGUCGAUGUUCUCCACCAGGAGACGAUGGACAUGGUGGGUAAUCUGGAGCACGAGAAUAAUGAGAAUCAGGAGGGAAAUGUCGAGGAGAAUGGCCAACCGUUUCAGGAGAAUCCUGUGAAGGCAAAGAAGAAGAAGAAGAAGAGAUCACAGGUUUUGACGGACGUCGAGUCUCUCUGCUGUGAACUUGAGAUAAUCAAACUGGAGCCACCGAUGCUGGGUGAUGGGGAUUUCCAGACGUCAGAUAUGCUUCUCCAGGUGAAUGCCCCGAGGCACGUGGGUAUGGGGCUGUCGAUUCAUCCCUACAACGAUUAUAUCCUGGACUCCAGGAAACCAGAGAUUGAAGAGGCAAAUGAAAAAAUACCGUACAAUCCUAUAAAAAUUCCAGAGGACUCGAAUAUUGGGAAAAUCUUCAACGACUUUGAAUUUUCUUUCCACUUGGACUCUGAGUACGAUGUUGAGGCUAUCAUGGAGAAUUGGAGCCAGAGAGCGUCAGUGUCCCAGGCGGAGCCUCUGUCCUUCGAUCCCAACGCCAGCUUUCCUGAGGAAGACGAGGACGAUCAUGACGAUGUCUUCAUCAACGACGAGCUCGAGAAGUUCGAUGAAGAGGAGGCAGUCCCUGUAGCACUCCACCAUAGGCAGAGGGAGGCCAUUGUCAAUGCUGAUGAUAUGAUUGCAGCUAUUGCCACAGUCAGUGAUUACUCCUUUUUCGAUGAGAACCUGCUGGAGAUCAAGUGGAGGUCUGGAACCCAGUGGACAGUCAAGAGGCCCAGGAACAUGGCGACGAGCCUCGUGGAGGGGGAUAGAAGAGCACCUCUCAGGAAGAAGAAGGAUUUCUCAAUCGAUUUCAUGGUGGAACUCGAUCCGGGAAUUGAUGACAAGUUUGUCAUGAUGAAAAAGGUGAAGAGGAAGUUUAAGAAUUUGGAUCACCACUUGGUGAGGUCUGAGGAGAACUUUGAGGAUCAGUUUGGCCUGUUCAAGUUUGGUCUUCGACCUGAUGACGUGGAUUUGAUGCCUAACAAGAGGGUGGGACCUAGGGGACAAGCCGAGGUAGACAAUGAGCGUCGACCAUCCGUGAAUUCCGAUGAUUAUCACGAUAAUGAUUAUGACGGUGGAGAUAUGGAUCAUGAUAACUCUUUGGAGGAUCAACCUGUUGAUCUUCCUGUGUCCCAGGGAGGCAACAAUCUCGACGAAUUCGCCUCCCAGGGUGGAUUCACUGGGAGUAAUCUCAUUGAAGCACCUAAACUCACUGAGAAAAUUUAUAUCCCUUUCUCACAGAGGGCCAAGAAAAUCGACAUGCGACAUCUCAAGAAGUGCAUAUGGAAUAGCAUCAGUUCUGGUAAUGAUGACAAGGAGAAUGUCGAACAGGAGGAGGGAAAUGGCAAUACCAAACAAGGGGGUGAGCCCAAAACAUUUGCUGAAAUCUAUGAACAUCUUCCUGAUAAACUCAGCAAGAAUGACGCCAAGGAAUUGAGUUUCCCCAUUGCUUUUGUAUCGCUACUGCAUCUAGCCAAUGAGAAAAAUCUCAAGCUCCUGUCGACUGAUAAUCUCUCGGAUAUCAUUGUCCACCAGCAUUCUGCUUCGUGAAUUUCAGGGCUGGAGGGGAGAUUACAUAGAGAAAUAAAAUUUCUAGAUUUCCGAAUAAAUCGUUUGGAAAUUUUUCUAUUAAUUCAUCGGCAAAAAUCUUGAGAGAUGAAGUUUUUUUAAAUCUAGAAAUUCUUUUUUUACCUGCGAUAGCUUACUGAUUGUUGUAUUAAUUUGUAUUAACUUUCUUUAAUUUUGAUAAUCUCAAUAAAUAUAAUUGAUUUAUUU